AUGUCAAGUACUUUUUCCGCCAUUGACACUCCUUCUGCACCGCUCAGCAACUUCAUCGGGACGUGGUCCACAGCCUUAUCCUCUGAACCCUUCAAUCUGGUGACAGUCACGUCAAUUGAGACGGAGACUAUUUAUCCUACAUGGGUCUACACUAUAUCUGGCUCCGGACUGGAUUCCAGUACCACAACUACUGUGCUCGGCUUCCCAUCGUCAACAGUGAACCAACCCCAGGUGACCGUGACUCUGGCAACGACUAAGCUGUCCACAAUUAAGCAGGACACCAUAAUAUCGACUCCCAGCUCUACAGCAACAGCUAUCUCGGAGCCCCCAAUUUCGACAGUGAUCCCAAGAACCUCAGUUUCAUCAAGCCCGAUGGGGGACUUUCCUACUUCGGCAACUUCGGAAUCGUCUGACCAUGACUCCUGGCAUUCUGAUGCUCCUAGUAGCAUAUGGAUUCUACCUAUUCCAGUAACUAGCGCGGGUAUAUCUCUUUCAUCGUCACUGCCUGUCUUUCCCGAGACAGCCACUAGCUCCGUAAGCCCCAUGAGUUCCAUCAGUAUAUCAACCAGCUCGAGCAUGGCAGCAACAAACACACCUUCAAUCUCACCAUCCAUCGAAACUAACACGAGCGAUAACUCUUCGAAAACAUCCCAAGCCGACAAUCCGAACCCUACAUCCUCCAAAAUCGGAACGAUAGUUGGGAGCAUCAUCGGAGGAUCAGCAAUCACGAUGUUCGCCCUGCUAGCUUGCGCACUCUAUAUGCGUCGGCGGCGACGAAAAAGAGCUACAGAGCGCCAGGGCAUCAGACAGAAACUCAUACGAGGCGAUUCAACGAGCUCAUCAAUCAGCCACCACCGCCACCACUCCUACCCCUCCAUCCCAGGCAACAUCGGCCUAAAACCACCCAUACUCCCAGUCAUCCCGCUGCAACCGCAGCUCUCGAAUCCAGACCUAUCCCUGGACAGCAUGUACCUACGCGGCGAGACAACAACGCAGGACCCCUUCGCGGACCCGCCGUCCGCAGUCAUCGAGAUCUCAGCCCCAUCUCGCUCGGUCUCGCUCUACUCCACUUCUUCCCGGGGCGCCGGGGUCAGUGGGCAGGGGUACUGGGAUUGCGAGCAUGAGGGCGCAAAUGCCCUCGCUGUAUCGAAUGGGUACUCGGAUACACCUAUGAUGCGCGAUAGCAUGCGCAGUGACCCCUUCGAUCUUGAUCUUGAGCCUCCGCCGAAUGCUCACCACCGGUCUUCUGUUCCUUCGAUCCCGACUACAUGGGGUAUCAAUUUUUAG